AUGGAAGACACAGGAGAAAACGUAGGUUCUGUUGCUGAUUAUGGUGUUUUUCUCGCCAUGUUGAAUUUGUGCGAGGAUACGAGGUCGCUUGAGUAUGGAAAAAGGGUUCAUGAGUUCUUGAGAAGAUCGAGGUUUCGAGGGGAGGUUGAAUUGAACAAUAGGUUGAUUGGAAUGUAUGAAAAAUGUGGUAACAUGAAUAUUGCACGCAAGUUGUUUGAUCGAAUGCCAGAGAGAAACAUGAGUUCUUGGCACUUGAUGAUCAUUGGAUACACUGAAAAUGGAGCUGGUGAUGAUGCUUUGUUGGUUUUUCAGGAGAUGAAGGAGGCAGGGAUACGGCCUGAGAGUGAAACUUUUGCAUUGGUUUUGGCUGCGUGUGCAAGAAAAGAAGCUGUAGAAGAAGGAUUAUUGCACUUUGAAUCAACGAAGGAGUAUGGAAUUGUUCCCACCAUGGAGCAUUGCAUGGAGGUCAUUAACAUUUUGGAUAAUGCCGAUCAGUUGAAUGAAGCUGAGGAGUUCAUUGAGAGUAAGCCAUUUCAGCCUGAAGAUGACAUUUGGGAGGCUCUUCAAAAUUUUGCUAGGAUUCAUGGAGAUAUGGAUCUUCAGGAUCGUGCGGAGGAGUUGUUGGCAUGUCUAAAUCCUUCAAAGGCCAUUGCUGAUAAGCUUCCAACACCUCCAAGGAAGAAACAGUCUGCAAUUAACAUGCUAGAGGAGAAGAAUAGAGUGGCCGAGAAUCGGUGUGCCGUUCUGUAUAAAGAGGUUGAUGAGAAAUUGAAGGGUUUGAGUGGCCAGAGGAGGAGCUGGCGCUGUGGUUUCGGGGCUCAGCGGAGGUGA